AUGGCGACGCUUUGUGGUGAUUUGUGGAAACGUGCGCUUCCAGACCACGAUAUAUUCAAUAAAGUUAGACAAAAUGUUCAUUCGGAGGAUCGAGCAACUUCAGAUAGAUUCUCUAAAAACCUCAUAUUCUGCUUAAAUAGAGAUUUCUUUAUUUGGGAUGAAGCAGAUAGUGUAUUUUACACUACACACUUUGGAGAACUGAAUUCUGAAGAUGGGGUGAAUACUGUAAAAUACCAGACCUUGUUGUGCACCUGUCCUCCGCUAUUUGAAGUGCACCAGGUGCUCCUCAGCCCCACUCAGUCCCAUGUCGCCCUCAUCGGCCGGCGGGCUGCCACUGUUCUUGAACUCCCUCAGCGCUGGGGGAAGAAAUCUCAGUUUGAAGGAGGACGAGACGUAAUUCACUGCAACUCUGUUCCAGUGGCCGAGUGCCUGUUCGCCAUGUGUGGCUCCCUGGCCCUCAGACAGGCUGCCUGGUACCCCGGCGAACCAGUGGAGCCCCAUCUAGUCUUGCUCACCUCAGACAACACAAUCAGGUGUUACAGCCUGAAGGAGCCAGAGAGCCCGGCAAAGGUACUCUGUGUGUCGCAGACAGAAGAGGACUGCUGGACACACCCACGAGGGCGUUCUUAUGCAGCUUCACUGGGUGAGAUCGCUGUGGCAUUUGACUUUGGGUGCCUGGUGGACACCCCUCACCUUCCGACCAGCCCGUGCUUCAGAAGGGAGGUGCUCGUCUAUCCGCUGUACAUUCUCUAUGAGAAUGGAGAGACUUAUCUGAGCUAUAUGUCUUUGUCCUGUAGCGGUGGGAACCUGGGAAAGGUCCUGGGCCCUCUGCCCAUGUACCCGCCGGCCAGGGACAACUACGGCCAUGACGCCUGCGCCGUGCUCUGCCUGCCCUGCGUCCCCAACAUCCUGGCCAUCGCCACGGAGACAGGCCUGCUGUACCACUGUGUUGUUCUAGAACCAGAGGACGAGGAGGAGGAGGAUGGAGGAGGCGGAGUGGUGGCCAAGUGGAUGAGGAGAGCGGAGAUUGUGCCCACGCUUUAUGUGUUUGAGCGCAUGGAGCUGGAUAGUUUCAACUGUAGCCCAUCAGAUGACGAGGGCUUUGAGGAGUCAGACACGGCCUGCUCCAUCACACUAUACGCAGACCCUCUGUGCCAGUACAGAUACCACUGUGUCCAUGAGGCUGGUUUGCAUAGUGUUGGCCUCCCAUGGUUCCACAAACUGCGCAAGUUCCUUGAGUCUGGGGAAGAGGACAAAGACGGCCUGCGGCAGCUAGCGUCGGAGCAGCGUGGCAUCGUGGAGCGCACCCUCAGCACCAGGCCCCACAGCAGCCGCAGCAGUGUGCCGAUGCCUCUGAGGGGGUUCUGGAUCGUGUCUGACUUCUCCCUGGGCGCCUGUAUGAUCUGCAUCACCAGCACCUACCAGUGUCUACUGCUCCCCCUGCUGUGUGCUAUCCGCGUUGCGUCCCCUGGCCUGCUGUGCUCUGUGCCAGAGAGGAGGCCUAAGAGCUCUACGCUACGAGGUCUGGCACAGGACACGCUGAAGCACAACAUCCGAAGCCUCCUCGCUCGGAAUGUCGCCAAACCACUUCCUGUAAGAGCUGGAGCUAUGGAGGAGGUGCUGCCACCACAGGACUGUCUGCAGACGCUGAGCAGGGCCACUCAGGUGUUCAGAGAGGAGUACAUCCUCAAACAGGACAUGGCCAGCGAGGAGAUGCACAGGAGGGUGAAGCUGCUGACUGCUCACAAGACCAAACAGCAAGAGGAUCUGGCACUAUGCGAUGAAGAGAAGAAAUGGCUUGUGGAGAUGGCAGUGAGGCUGGAGGAUAAGUAUCAACAUGCGUCACACAGACAGGAAGCUCUGAUUAGCAGAGUUAAAGGGAUAGUCGCCAGUCAGCGUGGUCAGCUGACCGUGUUGUCCAAUAGGGAGAGAGAUAUGAGGAAGGAGCUGCAGGUCAUCAGCAGGCACCUUCAUCACCUCAGCAAAACCAUCAAGGAGGUUAAAAUGAAGACCGACUACCAGGAGAAGACCCUAACAAAGGGGCCGUGUCUGUCCAAAUCAAGUGCCGUACUGAACAGCCAGCAGAGGAGGAACGCCCAAGGGAUUCUCAAGGAGCAGGGAGGGCAGAUUGCUCACAUCACGAAGCUCUUAAAGGAUCUCAAAAACCACUUCAGUUUCUGAAAUACUAGAAGUGGCCUCUUUCUAGGCUGUUUGUGGACAGUUGUUUUUUAUUUUUGGUUUUACAUUAACAAUACCAACAGAUGGUUAUGCCUUAUUUCUGUUCUUGCAACAUUGGUUGUAAUUAGAUUACUUAAAAUUGAGAGACACUAUGUUUUUUUUGGUGUUAUUGUUUUGUUAAUUUAUUUAUUUUACUUACAAUAGAUUGUUUCAAUCCAUGAAUAUUUCAGUUCCAUUCCAUUGAGUACUGCAGUUCGACUUGAAUGUGGACUCUUCUACAGUGGAGUUUUGGCUCUGUUCUCCUUUCUCUAUACCACUUGAUAGUGAAGCACAGAUCCCUUGCCUGGAUGAGGCUGUAACGUGCCUUCUCCGUUAGCGCUGGAUGUGUUGGUGCACACAGCAGGUAUUUAAAUCCCCCGUCACCCAGCCCAGCAUACUGUCUGAAAACGCUGAGCUGAGCGCCCGUCCAUUACAAUGCUGGGAUUACUUCGUGCUGGAAGAGGCAGCACGCACGCUCUACAUAGUCUGCCAUGUCUCCCGCCUCGUCUCCCUCUCCUAUCACUAUGUGGCCUGACGGACUACCUCGUUAAAGCCUCGGGAGACUGAGACGGAGCUUUUGCUGCUUCUCUCUGUGAAAUGUGUUUGUGUGUGUGUGUGUGUGUGUGUGUGUGUGUGCAUGGAUGUUCAUCUCAGGUCCCUAGUCAAGUUGUGACUGCAGACCCAGUUCAGUAUUAGCAUUUGUGAUGGACCAUAUUUCUGUGGACUCUGUUUGAACUGUUCUACUUUUGCUCCUGUGCACAUUUUUAGUUGGACUAGUGUUGCUAUUGUAGCAUAUUCAAAAAUGAGUCAAGUGCACAAUAAUAAGCUUUGGACUCUUCGUACUUCAUGGUGCAGAUGAUGUCUCUUUAUUUGAUUGUUAACGGUUGUUUGCUUGAAGACUUACUUGGAAUUGUAUGUUUAGUGUUUACUACUGCUUUCCAACUUGAAGUGUAAAUAUUUCUUGUAGGCCCCUACUGUAUUUGAAUAUCCAGGAUGUGAAUACUAUAAACAUCAGUUUAUGUAGCAUUUAUCAUUUAUUUUGUUAAAUACAGUAUAUUUCAAACAACCCCUUAAUUGUCAAGUAAUUUGUAAAAAGAUAUACGUUUUUAAAAACGGCUGUAUGCCGUGUCAACUUCAGAUGCUUCCAUCUCCUCA